AUGCCGGGAGUAAUUGUAGAUCGAUACGAGCACGUGCCGGUGACCAAGGAAGACCUUGACUGGGCCGAUCUCAUCACCCUUGACCUGAGCCUAUACGAGCAGCCAGGCGGCAAGGAGGAGCUGGUGAAGCAGCUCGAUCAUGCUGUUCGGAAAGUUGGCUUCUUCUACGUGAAGAACUUCAACAUUUCCCAGGAGGAGGUUGACAAGCAAUUCGCUCUCGGGCGCGAGUUCUACGCGCUGCCGCUAGAAGAGAAGCUGAAGUUCCACAACAAGGAUGACUUGAUCAGGGGCGAAUACAACGGGUACCGGCCUGCAGGCCAUCGGAUUCUUGGCAAUGGCAUCAAGGACAACGUACAGGUGUACAACAUCCCCAAGUUCGACGGCUUUCACGUGCGCAAGCAACCCGCUGUUCUUGAGCAUAACAUUAAGGAGAUUGAAGAAUUCUCAAGAAAAUGCCACUCUGAAGUCGUCGUCAAGCUGCUCCGCCUCUUCGCCCUCCUCCUCGAGCUGCCCUCCGAAGACCAGCUCGUGCAAGACCACCAAUACGACGUCAAAGGCGAAGACCACCUGCGAUACAUGCACUACGCGGCCCGCAGCGCCGCCGAGAACAAGCUCGUAGGCGACCUCUACGGGUCCGGACACACGGACCUGGGCACAGUAACGCUGUUAUUCCGACAGCCGGUCGCCGCGCUGCAGAUCCAGGACUCGGCGGGUCGGUGGCGGUGGGUGAAGCCGCAGGACGGGACGAUCACGAUCAACACGUGCGACGCCUUGACGGCGCUGACGGGCGGGCUGAUCAAGUCGAGCGUACACCGCGUGCACGCGCCGCCGGCGGACCAGGCGCACGUUGACCGUUUGGGGGUGCUGUACUUUGCGCGGCCCAACAACCACGUUGUGCUGGAUCCGAUCCAGAACAGCCCACUGCUCAACCGCCUGGGCCUUACCACGAAUGCGUUCACGGAGCUGGGCCAGCAUCUUACGACGGAGGAGUGGGUCAAGGCGCGGCAGACGCAGCAGCAGCGCCCGCGGGUGUCGGCGAAGAUAUCGGAUGAUGGGAAGUACCAUUACGAGAAGAAGGAUCUGGAGAUUCUGCCGGGGUUGGUUGCUGGGCACUACAACUAA